CAUUACUGGGUGUUGGAGCUCGGCUGAAAAACAAAUAAUUAUUUGGAUGAUUUUAAGAAGAAGCAGCUGAAAUUUUUGGUGAUUUUUGUUCAUAAAAUAAUUCAUUACAAAAUGGCAGAGAGAGCUCUGCUGGAAAGUUAUCUGAGCUGCCAUGUGUGUUCAGAGACUUUCAGAGAUCCUGUGUCUCUGAGCUGCAACCACAGCUUCUGUUCAAGCUGCCUGCAGAAAUUCUGGGAACAAACUGAAAACAAGAACUGUCCCAUCUGUAAAAGAAGAUAUUCUAAAGAAUUUCCACCUGUUAAUUUCACACUGAAGGAACUGGGUGAUUCUUUUACAGAAAGACAGAAAUCUGGAUCAUCUGAGACAGAAAAAGGAGAAGAGAAGCUGAUGGUGGUCUGCAGUAAACACCAAGAAGACCCUAAACUGUUCUGUAAAGACGAGCAGAGAGCUGUGUGUCCUGUCUGUGAGUUUUCUCUCCACCAGAGUCACAAAGUGGUUCCUAUAGAACAAGCAGUCAGUGAGCUGAAGGAGCAGCUGAAAUCUGACUUAAAGUCUCUGCAGGACAAGAGGAACAAACACAAACAGGUGGAGGAAACAUAUGAUGAUGUGAUUCAACACUCCAAGGAGCAGGUGUUGUCCACAGACAGACAGAUCAGAGCAGAGUUCAACAAGCUCCACCAGUUCCUGAAAGAGGAAGAGGAGUCCAGACUGGCAGCUCUGAGGGAGGAAGAGGAGCAGAAGGGGAAGACUAUCAUCAGAGAGAUGAAGAGGAUUCAGGAGCAGAUCUCCUCUCUGUCAAACAGUAUCUCUGCUGUUGAAGAAGACCUGCAGAAAGACAACGUGUCGUUCCUCAGCAGUUAUAAAGCCACUCAGAGCAGAACCAGAGCCCAGAACUCACUGUCAGAUCCACAGCUGGUCUCAGGAGCUCUGAUAGAUGUGGCCAAACACCUGGGCAACCUGUCCUUCAGAGUCUGGGAGAAGAUGAAGGAGAAGGUCCACUUCAGUCCUGUCAUUCUGGACCCAAACACUGCACACCCUGAGCUCUAUCUGUCUGAUGAUCUGACCAGUGUGAGACGUGGAGACGCAGAGCAGCAGCUUGUUGAUAAUCCAGAGAGAAACACUAGGCAUAUCACUGUUUUUGGAUCUGAGGGCUUCAGCUCAGGGAAACACAGCUGGGAGGUGGAGGUUGGAGAUCAUCCUGUCUGGAAUGUGGGUUUGGUUAAAAAGAAUAUUGACAGGAAGGGAGAGAGACAGGCUUCACCAGAACAUGGAAUCUGGUGUUUACUGCAUCGUGAAGGAAAAUACACUAAUGGUUAUAGUAAAACUCUCAAGGUGAAGAAGAGUCUCCAGAGGAUCAGAGUCCAGCUGGACUAUAACAAGGGAGAGGUGUCCUUCUACAACUCUGAAGACAUGACUCACAUCUACACUCACAGAGACACUUUCAGUGAGAAACUCUUCCCUUGUUUUAGUGUUGGAAAAGCUGCUGAUGCUAAAACGUCUGAUAUCAAAAUCUGGAAAACUAAAAUGUAUUUUUAAAGUUCAAAUUUGUGUUUUUCAAUUCUCUGAAUUAUUUUGCAUUUUUAGAUCAGUGAUUCUAUUUGCAGUCAGACCAACUUUCUAUUUCAAUCCUUAAUAAACAUCUUUAAUCAUUUUCAAGGUUUUUAAACUUUUACUUGAAAUUAAUAAAAUGGAUUACUAAAAAAAUAAAUUGACAUCUUGAUAUUUAAAAAGUCUGUUGUUACUUUUUUGAAACCAGUAUUAAAAGAUUUAUUUGACUUUCUUUGACUUUAGUGACUUUUUAAUGUUUUUACAAUUGUAAAAUUUGUUAAUCUAUUGUUCUAAUACCACCACCAUAUUGGGCUGGUAUUCAUGGGACAGUACCUUACAGACCCAAAGUUAUUUAAUUAAAUAUUAAAUAUAAACAUAUUAUUGGAAAUUAUUAUUUUUAGUUUGUUUCUAACUGUUUUAUAAAAACUGUGAACAGAAGUUCAGAAAGGACACAAAGAACUUAGAUUUCUUAACUGGGUUUUCUUCUCAGUCUUGUUUUUAAUUGUUGUAAUGAUUCACUUUAGCAGGAAACCUCUGGAAAUAAAUAUUCAGGUCCAGUUAUCUCACUGACUGGUUCUGCUCACUGAUAUGAUGAUUUUUCUAUUCCUCAAUGUAAAACUUAUUUCCUUAAUAUUCAACCUGCUGCUGAAAAUGAUCUUUGUUGGUUGUUUAUUAAAGUUUAUUUAUUUCUUCUA